UUGGCGGAGCUGGUAGGCACGAAGCAGCAGCAGGAGGAGGGGUUGGUCGAGGAGGUGGCGGUGGUAACGGAGUCGUAGGCCCAGUGCGCUGGAGUCUUAUUUCAGCUUUCAGUAGAACAUUUUGCGGUUGUUGUAGUUCACGAAGCGCCGACGAAUCGCUUGACACUAGUGGCAGUCAGACAGGAGGUUUCGUGUCUCCGUCCUCACCUAUUCAAGCAAAGGUUAGAGCGAACGGCACCAUGGUGAAGACGUUCCAGGAAUAUCUUCCACCAGCCCACCGGACAUAUUCGUGCGUUCACUGCAGAGCGCACCUUGCGAGCCAUGACGAACUCAUAUCUAAGUCGUUUCAAGGAAGCCAGGGACGGGCUUAUUUAUUUAAUUCAGUAGUGAACGUGGGAUGUGGUCCAGCCGAAGAACGUGUUUUGUUGACGGGGCUUCACGCUGUUGCCGACAUUUAUUGCGAGUGCUGUAAAACUACACUCGGAUGGAAAUAUGAGCAUGCAUUUGAGUCAAGUCAGAAAUACAAAGAAGGAAAAUAUAUCAUAGAACUAGCUCAUAUGAUAAAAGAAAAUGGAUGGAACUGAUUGACUUAAACCACCGACGCAUUUCGGUGUGAAAUUUAUUAAUAAAGUGAAACAUUGUGACUUACUAUCAAGUAGUUUAUACGACGUAAUACGGACAGUAUGCCAAAUAGUCAUACUAAAGGACUGCUUCAAUAAAUGCCUCUGGUAAAGUGCAGAAUUGUAAUUUCUUUAAAUGUUAGUGAGAGUAGUUCUAUUGAAAUAUGCAGGCUGAUUGAAGAAAUAUAAUGCUUUUUGUGUAUUAAAAAUGUUUAUUCGUGAAUGUUUUUAUUCAUACCGAUGUUUGUAUAGCAGUUGCCACGAUGAUAUGCUUCUAUACACUGUUACCGUACAGUUAAAGAUAUUGAAAAUGAGAUUUUGG